GAGAGUGGGGUUAGAAAGAAGAAGAGGGAGGUAGCGUGUGUGAAAGCUCCGAAAGGGAGGAGUCAGGAGAAGGAAAGGGCAGCUGGAGUUGCAGAGCACCAGAGCCCCCCUCUCCGAGAAAGUCUCCUCAGCGCUGUUUAACACGCUUUGUUGUCCUGAGAGAGGAAAAAAGGGGGCUUCAGGAAUCCGUGCGCACUUUUUCUAGGGUUUUCACUCCUCUGACAGGCAUCCAGACAAAGUUCCCGAGUUCCCGAGAAGCGUAGCAGAGAAGCAGAAGGCGAGGAGAGGAAAAGAAGGAGGAGAAAGAAACCCAAACUCGGUCAGAGCGCAGAGAGGGAGAGAGAGGGAGAGAGAGAGGGAGAGAGGGGAGCUGAAACUUAAGACGCGCAGAGAGAAACUUCUGCACAUCUGCAGCGAGCGGAGAAGAUCCAUCUGCGGCGGUUUUUUCUGCGUUUUCUGGAGGGAAACUGCGUUUCAGAAACGUGUCCCGGGUUAGAUGAGGCACUGAGGAAUGCGCAGUUGCCAUGGAAACCCAGUCCCAGGCCAGUUCUGCAGCAGAGAAGAAGAAGAAGGUGGAGACCAUCGUGGCGACCAAAAGCUCCUCCUCGAGCCGAGCCGACAUCAGCGAGAAGGCCGUGGCCUCCAGCACCACCUCCAAUGAGGAUGAAAGCUCUGGUUCUCCGUACCAUCGGGAGAGGCGUAAUGCGAUCAGUGGUCAGCCGGCAGGCCUGGGCUCGGCGGCCGCUAAGCUGAGCGAGGAGCCGUCCACGUCCACAGAAGAGCGCCCCUCGCAGGUGAAGAAGGAGCUGCACGCCUCUCUGCCCCACCUGGCCGACCACACGCUGCCCUACAGGGGUACGCUGUUCGCCAUGGACCCCCGAAACGGCUACCUGGACCCCCACUACACCCCGACUCAGUUCUUCCCUGGUUUCCACCCUCCUGUACCCAUCGACGACAGACACACACAGGGACGCUACAUCUACGAGCCCUCGCCGGUACCACCGCUCCAUGUGCCCCCUGCGUUGGCAGGCAGCCCUGCGUUUUCCGAUAUCUCCGUCAUCCGAAUCUCGCCCCACCGGAACCCAUCGGUCGGUGCGGAGUCACCCUUUAACCCCCCACACCCGUACAUCAACCCCUACAUGGACUACAUCCGCUCCCUUCACAGCAGCCCCUCGCUUUCCAUGAUUUCUGCAGCCAGGGGACUCAGUCCUGCAGAUGCGCCACACGCUGGUUUGACCACGGCAGAAUACUACCAUCAGAUGGCGUUGCUUGCGGGCCACCGAAGCCCCUACGCUGACAUCAUUCCUUCCGCCGUGUCCUCCACCGGAGCAGGAAGCAACGCCUUGCACAUGGAGUACCUGCAGGCUCUGGAAGGUUCUCGCUUUCCGAGCCCGAGGCUGCUGGCUCGUCAGAACCGUAAGCGGCCCCUGCCCGUCUCGCCCCACUCAGACUCCGGAUUCGAUCUGCAGACGAUGAUCCGCACCUCGCCCGCCAACUCGCUGGUGACCAUCCUGAACAGCUCGCGGCCCAGCACCUCCACCAGCGGAUCCUACGGCCACCUGUCUGCCGGAACCAUCAGUCCCGCACUGAGCUUCGCCUACCCGCCCACUCCUGUGGCACUGCAGAUGCACCAGCAGCUGAUUGGGCGGCCACCAGGCAUUGUGGGGUCAGCUUUCGGCCACAGUCCCCCGCUAAUCCACCCUGCGCCAACCUUCGCCACCCAGAGACCCGUAGCGGGCAUCACACCGUCCAGUCUCGGGCCCACGGAGCGUUCCACCGGUUCCACUGACUCACAGAGUAAACCCACGAGUGAAUCGGCCGUGAGCAGCACAGGAGACCCCAUGCACCACAAACGCUCCAAAAUGAAACCUGACGACGAGCCCCCCAGCCCUGGAGCGGUCAGCGUGCAGGAUCAGCCGGACGGGAUGACGCUGGUGAAAGAAGAGGGAGAGAAGGAGGAAGGGAAGCAGGAGCCGGAGGUGGUGUACGAGACCAACUGUCACUGGGAGAACUGCUGCAGAGAGUUCGACACACAGGAGCAACUCGUACAUCACAUCAAUAACGACCACAUCCACGGGGAGAAGAAGGAGUUCGUGUGUCGCUGGGAGGAGUGCUCUCGAGAGCAGAAGCCCUUCAAGGCCCAGUACAUGCUGGUGGUACACAUGCGCAGGCACACGGGGGAGAAGCCACACAAAUGCACGUUUGAGGGCUGCUCCAAGGCCUACUCCCGACUGGAGAACCUGAAGACACACUUACGCUCCCACACAGGGGAGAAGCCGUACGUGUGUGAGCACGAGGGCUGCAACAAGGCCUUCUCCAACGCGUCUGACCGUGCCAAGCACCAAAAUCGGACACACUCCAACGAGAAACCCUACGUGUGCAAGAUUCCCGGCUGCACCAAGCGCUACACGGACCCCAGCUCUCUACGCAAACACGUAAAGACCGUCCAUGGACCCGAAGCCCACGUCACUAAGAAGCAGCGCGGGGACGUGUACCCCCGACCCCCGCCCCAGCCCAGGGAACCGGGAGCUCACGGACAGGGCCGGUCGCCAGGGCAGCUGCCCUUAGGAGCUUUCACUGACCAAAGGGAGUAUAACCAUGCUACCUCAAAACAGGACGACUGUCUGCAGGUCAAGUCAAUCAAGACAGAGAAGCCUAUGACGUCUCAGCCAAGCCCUGGCGGUCAGUCUUCAUGCAGCAGUGACCAGUCCCCCGCCGGCCCCCAUUUCGGCCGUGGAGUCCAGCUUGCUGUGAACAGCAUUGGGCUGGUGGGGGAGGCGGUGGUGGUCGAGGACCAGGAGGAUGAAGAGGAGGAAGAGGAGGAUGACAGAGAGGGAGAAGAGGAGGAUGCCCCCAUCAUGGACUCCACUGUGUCCACAGCUACGGCCACAGCAGCAACCUUAGCCCUGCAGGCGCGCAGGAGCCUGGGGCGGCCUUUGCGCUGGAUGGAGCAGGUUAAGAUGGAGAGGCUUAGGCAGGUGAAUGGAGGCAUUCCACGGCUGGGACAUCUGUCCCCCACACUGCCCCCUAAAGGCCAGGCCCUGCCUGCCCUCAUAGGGAAAGGCUCAUGUCCUGGCAGAAGUACCUGUGGGGGGGUACCAGUGCCUCAGCCUCCUCCACGUCCUGAGCUGUCCAGCACAGAGCUGACAAUGCUAAGUCUACUGCGGGAUCGCCGUGACAGUAGUGGUAGCACCACCAGCUCAGCCUACCUUAGCAGUAGUCGCCGUUCCUCCGGGAUCUCGCCCUGUUUUUCCAGCCGCCGCUCCAGCCAAGCCUCACAAUCUGAGCACAGCCAGCACAGACGCCUGCACAACCUCAGUGCGAGUGACUCCUAUGACCCCAUCUCCACCGAUGCUUCGCGCCGCUCUAGUGAGGCCAGCCAGUGUGGAGGAGGUGGAGGCUCAGGUGGAUUGGUGCCUGGAGGAAGCUGGGGUGGGGGAAGUGGAAGUAUGGGAGGAAGUGGGAUGGGAUCAAGGGGUGUGCUGAACCUCACCCCAGCGCAGCACUAUCAUCUCAAGGCCAAGUAUGCAGCCGCCACAGGUGGACCCCCUCCGACGCCCUUGCCUAACAUGGAACAGGUUAGUUUGAAGACUCGCAUGACUGUGGCUGGGGAUGGGCAAGACGUAAGCCAGCUCACACUGCCACCACUGGUCAGACCACGUCGUUGCAGUGAUGGUAGUGCCACUGGACACAGCAGUCACAUAGGCAGGCAGAGGGUAUUCUAUCCAGGAGAAGGCCCAGGCAAUGGUGACAGAAGGGCAAGUGACCCUGUAAGGAGACGAGAUCAUGGUACCUUCGAACGACCCCAGAUACAGCGCUUCAGCAGCCUGAAUAACAUGCAGCCCUUACCCCCUCUGGUUGGUAAUCAUUACCCACAUGGAGGAGGUCAAGGACUAAGUCUGCAGAACUACACCCGCUCAGAGAGCAAUCUCCAGAGGGGCCUUCUCUCCCCUUGCCCUCCAAGCAUCAUGGAGCAAUCAGCUCUUGAGGCUUUGGCCAUGGAUCAUGAUGGGGCUAUGUUAUUUAGGGAUGAAGACAUUCUGCCUGAUGAAUUAGUGCAGUACCUCCACUCACAGGACCGUGGGGUUGCCUGCAGCCAACAAAAUGACACAAACUCCCAUUCACACAGAAACGAUUUUGACCAGGGUCCUGAGGAGGCCCAGAACUUCCGCAAUCCUCCACAGCAACAGGAGGCACCACAUGGGCAUAGUCCUGGCAAAGACGGUAUGCCCAUUCAGUGGAAUGAGGUGAGCUCGGGCAGUGCUGAGGUUUCUCCUCCGCGGCAGUCACAGAGGUGCGGGAGGUGGCCAAGGCAGAGCGGCACAGUAAGUGGUCCAUUUGGUCGCUUUGGAAACAUGGUUGUGCAGCAGCAGCAGCUCCCUUCACACUUCCCAGACCAACAUGUCCAUAAUCAAAGGGGAGGUGUCCAUCAUGUGGCUGAAAUGACAAAUGGACACAGUUACCUAGAUCCACUUAGGGAAGGGUCUAAGUCAAACCAGCAGCUGUCUUGUCGAAUGAGCCCUGGUGUGAAGAUGGAGACUACCCUAAGUAACUGUAGGGACACUAGGAGGAUUAGCUCCAGCAGCCACAACCUUGGUCAGCCAGACUUCUUUCAGAUUACCCUGGGUCCCAUUCGCCCAAGCUGCGUUCAGCAAGCUAAUACAUCGCGGUUGCAGCAGGGCCAUGUAAUCACAGGUCAAAUGAGUGGCACCCUCCCUCACCAGCCCCAGUCUGCUUUGGCUUGUCAACCUCCCAGUCGAGGCUCUUCUCAACCACAGCAAUAUCCUACCCAGCCAAGCAUCAGCAGUCACCAAGCACAGCAAACUUUUAGAAAUGGAAACAGCAUCAGCUGCUCACUUGCUAAUCAAGUUUCAGGACUGAAACUAGAAGUAGACGACCAUCUUCAAGCCAACCCUUGCUCCUCCAUCCAGCAACAGCUGUUCAUUGCUGAGUGCUUUGGCACGGCAGAGUCCUCAACUUCAACCUUUAGUGAAGUACAGCAGCCCUGUCUAAUGGAAUCCUUGAAGACAGAAGCUGGGGUAUCGGCUGGACCCACAGGGGAUCUCCUGUCCCCUGGGGCUGACCAGGUGACCAGCACAGUGGAAGGUAGCCCUGGUGGCAACAUCCUGGAUAACGUUGGUCUGGAUUUCACGUCCAUCCUGGAGGAUAACUUUGACCAGGGCAGUCUGGUGUCUGACGUCAUCAGUCCCAGUAUCCUCCAUGGAUUAUCGCAGACAUCCUCUCGGCUGACAACUCCUCACCUCUCAGCCAUGUUUCACAGCCUGCCUCCUGGCACCAACAACAUGGCCAUUGGAGACAUGAGCUCCCUCCUCACCACCCUCGCGGAAGAGAGCAAGUUCCUUGCCAUCAUGCAGUAGGUUUUUGUGAACCCCCUGUGAGUGAGACUGAAAAGGAAUACAGACUUUACUAGUGUGAUGUAAAGAAAUGGACAACAGGGAGACAACCUGUAAGCAAGAGUAGUUUAAAAGUGGUGUUAAGACAAAGUAUAGGCCCACUAUUUUAUAUCACUCACCCACUUGGGACAGGGGUCUGGGAAACCAUAUAAAUAUGGUGUAAGUGUACAAAUACAUUAAAUCAUUCAGUUUUUGGAAUAACGAAUAAUUAAAUGCUCAUUUUUAUAUUGCUUUAAGAUGACAGUGGGUGACUUUAGUAUCAUUCCCAUCACUGAAACAGUAUUCUGUGUAUUAUUGCUGUUUUUGCGUUUUGUUGUCGGUAUACGUGCAUGUUCGUUUACUGAAUAAAUAUACACACUGUCUUUUUAAGUGAGUAGAAUGUCACAUUCACUAAUGUAUCCUUACUUUUGAGUGAACCAGAGAAGAUAGAGACAACCCGACCCUUGUCAUCAGGUCAAGGCAGGGUCAAAUUUACAUUUAACAGGCCCUAGUGUCUCGAUUUUUUUUUAUAUUCACAUUUUUAUAUAGAUGUUUUAUACGUCUUACAUUGGUAGUAUUAAAAAAUAAUUAAGAUUUCAUGUCAAAUCAAAUUGUAUUGUGUUUUGACAUAUUCUUCAUGGCAUUGCUUUCAAAAAUGAGGGACCAUAUUGUUACAUAAGGGUACUACACAAGUGUGGAGCAGAGCCCCAUAGUGAAUAAAUGUACUACUUGAUUUACCAUGACUGUAUACAUGUAUAUAGGCUUUUUCUCCUUUUUUUACAUUGUAAGAUUUUACAAUUUACAUCAUGCUUACUGUGUUUUAAUGACUGGUGCUUUUGACAAGCUGUGCAUUAUGUGGCAAUAGUGGAAAAACAGCAUGAGGUUAUUUGUAGUCGACCUCAGUAUGUUGCUUAUUGCACAAAGACUAGAAAUUUAAGUAUGGUGGCCAAAAUGUGCCAAAAAAGGCAUUGGUAUUAACUCAUUUUACAUUUUGCCAAAUAGAAGUAAUUUUUUUUUGUAUUUCUUUUUUUUAAAGUGAGUUGUGUAUUGUGUUUUGUUACAAAAAUGUGGUGGAAAAUAUCAUCAAGUCUUUGCAUUGCAAAUAGAUUCUGUUUGUAUCUGUGUUAAUUGGUCUAUGAAUCAAGUUAAGACAACAUGGAGACAUCAUGCUCUUAUGCAAAGAGGACUCAAAUUUGGCAGUUUUGUUAGCAGUAUUAAGAACAAUCUGUACAUACCUGCAUAUGUACAGUUUUAUACGUCAUGCUGUAGCAGUUAGGUACUUGUUUUUGUUUUGUAUGGUUACUUGCGUUUUGUUUUUCUGAAGUUGUCUACCAAUGUCAUGUUAUUGUUUUGAAAGUGGUGUGAUCCAUUCCCUGAGGAAAGGACUAGGGGGUUUGGGCCAAAGGUAUGUGCCUUAUUAGUGCCUGCCGAUAUCAAGAGGAACACUGCCAAUCUUUUCUAAAGAAUUCUUACAAAAAAAAUGUAUAUGUUAAACGGAGCAAGAGGCCCACAACUUCACGUAAAGUUCAGCGACCAUACAUGCUUUUAGUACGGGUGAGGCGUCAAGAAAUGCGACAUGUGGAGGAAAAAAAAAAAGCAAAAA